CCUCUUUCUCUCUCUCUCUCUCUCUGCAGUCCUGUGAUUUCUCCUGACGCUCUGAACUUACACUGACUGAUCAAAGUGUGAUCAGAUGUACCUACGACCACUCAAUUUCUCAGGAAAUCUGUGCUGAAAUCUACCUCCUGGAUUCAGUCAUGCUGCGCAGGGGAUUGUGGGAAACGUUGGUUGCCAUGGUGCUUUGGGCAGUCUGGCUGCCCUCCUGUCUUGGCCAGACCACCUUACCCUCUCAGGAUGGAAAAAUUAAGAUCCGUCUGGCCGGAUACCCACGCAAGCACAAUGAAGGGAGAGUGGAAGUGUUUUACAACGGAGAGUGGGGCACUAUCUGCGAUGAUGACUUCACCUUGACCAACGCUCAUAUUCUGUGUCGCCAUCUAGGGUUUGUGGAGGCAACAAGCUGGUCGCACAGUGCCAAGUAUGGAGCGGGCACCGGUAAAAUCUGGUUGGAUAACGUCAUAUGUGAAGGCUCAGAAAACAGCAUUGAGAAAUGUGUGUCCCGGGGCUGGGGAAACAGUGAUUGUACUCAUCAGGAGGAUGCUGGCGUGGUCUGUAAGGACGAGAGACUUCCGGGCUUCACAGACUCCAAUGUUAUUGAGAUGCAAGUGGACAAAAACCGAUUGGAAAAGCUUCGCCUGCGUCCCCUCUCAGGUGCUCAUCCCAUAACAGAGGGAUUGAUAGAGGUGAAGUUUAAGGAAGGAUGGGGUUACAUAUGCAACAAUAACUGGAGCACUAAAAACUCUCGGGUGGUGUGUGGCAUGCUGGGAUUCCCUUCGCAGAAAUCUAUGACAAAAGUUCUUCACAGUCCCAAGACUUUGUACAGAAUCCAAUCUGUGUCCUGCACAGGGAACGAGGCUCAUCUUUCAGCAUGCAUUAUGGAGUUCAGUAAGACAAACUCUAGCGCCCCCUGUCCCAACGGAGGACCCGCAGCAGUCAGCUGUGUGCCCGGCCCGCUCUUCACACGUGGAACAGCACGCAGGGUCAAACAUAAUCCAGUGUCUAUGGUGCGUCUGAAGGGUGGAGCCAAGACUGGGGAAGGUCGUGUGGAGGUCCUGAAGGAUAAUGAAUGGGGCACGGUUUGUGAUGACCACUGGAACCUGCAGUCGGCUAGCGUGGUGUGCAGAGAACUUGGAUUUGGCACCGCUAAAGAGGCCCUGACCGGAGCACGAAUGGGCCAAGGCAUGGGUCACAUUUACAUGAAUGAGGUUAGGUGUCAUGGGGAGGAGAAAAGCUUGUGGGAUUGUCCUCAUAACAACAUCACGACUGGAGACUGCAAACACAUGGAGGAUGCAUCUGUCAUCUGCAACAUUCCCUACAUGGGCUACGAGAAAACGAUUCGUCUGACAGGAGGUCGAACGAGGCUGGAGGGGAGGGUGGAGCUGCUGCUCUCUACAGCCAGCGGGGUGAAGGAUUGGGGUCUUAUCUGUGGGGAUGGAUGGACGAAUCGUGAAGCCAUGGUAGCCUGCAGACAGCUGGGGCUGGGACAUGCCAGCAGUGGCCUGAGAGAAACGUGGUACUGGGACAGCAGUAAUGUUACAGAGAUGGUGCUGAGCGGGGUAAAAUGCAAAGGAGAUGAAAUGACUUUGACCGACUGUCAGCAUCAUUCUGUAGUCAGCUGUAAGAGAGCAGGGGCGCAGUUUUCCGCUGGCAUAAUUUGCUCAGACGCGGCAUCUGACUUGGUCCUUAAUGCCUCAUUGGUGGAGCAGACGGUUUACAUCGAGGACCGACCCCUGCACCUGCUGUACUGCGCUGCGGAGGAGAACUGUCUCGCCAAAUCAGCUGCCAAAGCCAACUGGCCGUACGGCCAACGUCGCCUGCUUCGUUUCUCCGCCCAGAUCCACAACAUCGGCCGAGCUGACUUCCGGCCACGUCUCGGUCGCCACUCGUGGGUCUGGCACGAAUGCCACAGGCACUAUCACAGUAUGGAUAUCUUCACCUAUUAUGACCUGCUGUCUCUAAACGGGACCAAAGUGGCAGAUGGACAUAAAGCCAGCUUUUGUCUAGAAGACACAGCAUGCCAUACAGGUGUUUCAAAACGAUAUGAAUGUGCCAACUUUGGUGAGCAGGGCAUCACGGAGGGAUGUUGGGAUUUGUACAGACAUGACAUCGACUGCCAGUGGAUUGACAUUACAGAUGUCAAACCAGGAAACUACAUAUUACAGGUUAUAAUAAACCCUAACUUUGAGGUAGCUGAGAGUGACUUUACCAACAACGCCAUGCGGUGCAACUGCAAAUAUGAUGGUAACCGCGUCUGGUUACACAGAUGUCAUCUUGGCGAUUCUUUUAGUGAGGAGGCCGAGAAAGAGUUUGAGCAUUAUCCCGGCCAGCUCAACAACAAGAUCUCAUAACAUUUUGUUAACGGCAAACCCAGGGAUUCCAAGUACUGCAAGAACCACAAGGAUCUCGAAUGAGACAUUUUAAUCACUUCAUAUAACAGUUGAUCUCAUUCAGAUCUGAUGCUACUGUGGUCCAAUAAGAUAUUAUUAUAAAGAGUUUAGUCUUAUAUUAAAUCAUUGUUGUGUUUCUGAUUACAA